CAAGUCGAAUAUUUACCUGAAGAACAACAGGAAGCAGUUAAAACCAUAUGGUCUCGAUUUUCCGUUGCUCUCCCUUCGACUCGCACUCUCAUUCUUCAAGGGAUCUUUCUCAAAAACCUCAUCAAGAUCGACUUUAUUGUCGCUCUUCCAAAGGAGCUUUCUUUCCACAUUUUAUCCUAUCUGGACGCAAUCUCUUUGUGUCGUGCUGCCCAAGUGAGCAAAUCGUGGCGACAGUUUGCUGACAACGACUUCAUUUGGCAUAGGCUAUGUGAACAGCACAUCAACAAAAAGUGUACAAAAUGCGGUUGGGGUCUCCCAUCCCUGUUCGAGAGAAAGUUUAGUAAAAAACGAUCCGCCAUGACCUUUGCCACAUCAUGCUAUACCCCUUCUGUCUCUCAUGAUCUUCAACAACUUUCCAUAUCUCAUUCGCAGCCCUCAACUCCAUCAUCAACUUCCAAUACUUCGCCUUCUACGCCGAAUGCUUCGGAAUACGAAUCUUCAGAAGAAAUUCGUGAAGUUAAACGCACCCGUUUGUCUGACUCUUCGUUUUCAUCACUAUCGAUUCCUGAAAAUCGUCAGGGGCGUUCUUGGAAACACGUUUACGCUGAGCGACAAGUUGUAGAACGUAAUUGGCGUAAAGGUCGUUACAGUGUGCGUGUGCUAAGAGGUCACACCGACGGAGUGAUGUGUCUUCAAUUCGACGAUUGCAACAACCUUCUUAUCACCGGCUCUUAUGAUACAUCUAUUCGCCUGUGGAACAUAGAUAGUGGGGAACUUGUUCGGGUGUUGACGGGACAUUCGCGAUGCGUGAGGGCGUUACAAUUCGAUGAUAAAAAACUUGUCACUUGUUCCAUGGAUCACACCUUGAAGAUAUGGAAUUAUCACACCGGAAAAUGCUUGAGAACACUUGAAGGUCAUACCGAUGGGGUUCUGUGUCUUCAUUUCGAUGACAACGUCCUUGUCAGCGGUUCUGCCGAUAAUAACAUAAAAGUGUGGAAUUUUUUCACAUGCGAAUGUUUUACUCUGACUGGCCACCAGGAAUGGGUAAACCGAGUGGCGAUUUAUCAGAAGACCCAAUUAUUCUCUUGUUCUGAUGAUCACACCAUACGGUUCUGGGAUUUGGAGUCGCGAACGUGCACGCGCAUUCUUGGAGGUCACAAUGCUCCGAUUCAAUGCAUUCAACCGGCUUAUUCAUUGUUAGUUUCUGUCGACCGGAGAAAUUUCGUUGAAACUCAAAAUUCUGUGAAAGAAAAGGAUGACCCCGAAAAUUUGCAUCCCGUAAUAAUUUCUGGAUCUUUGGAUAAUAUCAUCAAGAUCUGGUCCAUUCAAACGGGUAAAUGUCUUAGGACCCUGUUUGGUCAUGAAGAAGGUGUAUGGUCCUUGGCCGUGGAUAAAUUACGCUUGGUGAGUGGGGCUCAAGAUCACACGGUCAAGAUUUGGGAUAAAGAUUCUGAAGGUGGAUGCCUGCACACUUUAUAUGGUCACACCGGUGCUGUUAAUUGUGUUGCUCUGGGAGAUACAAAAAUAAUAACGGGCGGUGAGGAUGCAGAAAUAAGGAUUUGGGAUUUUAAGGGUCAAUGA